CCCAUACUCUUUCAACUAAUUUUCCCGCCAAAAUCCACCUACAUUCUCUCUGAAAAACCCAUUAUUUCCAGAAUUACUAACCAUUAUUUCCAGAAUUACUAACCAUUAUUUCCAGAAUUACUAACCAUUAUCAAUAACAAAAAACCCUAAACAUAAAAUUUGAUAAUCUUUGAUACCCAGAAAAACAGAAAAAAUGGAUUCUUGGGAUAUGAAUAUAAAGGAAAGCCAUGAAAUUCCAGUGAAUUCAACUGAGAAAAAGGUUGAUGAAAUGACAGGGGAAAAACGGAAAAUUCCUUUCUUUGGGUCAAUGUCAAAGAACGUUGAAUCAACUUGGUUGAUUUCAUUCUUUUUCAUUGUUCAUCUAGUGGCAUUUUUUUGCACUAUGAUUCUUAACAAUUGCUGGGAUAAAUCACAUGGAGAUUGUAUUUUGUUGGUUUUUCAGCCACUUUCCGAGAAUCCUCUUCUUGGUCCUUCUUCUUCAGUUUUAGAUAGUAUGGGAGCUCUCCGAAGAAUGUUCUUGACAAAAGAUCAUGGAGUGUGGCGCAUCUUCACCGCCCCUUUGCUACAUGCUGGUGCAUUUCACCUUUUGAUCAGCCUCUGUAGUGUACUCUUAAUUGGGGUUAAUCUGGAGCAGAAAUUCGGAUCAUUGAGGACCGGAAUAAUCUACAUUUUGUCUGCCUUCACUGGUAGCUUGAUGGCCAUACUUUUUGUCCAAAAUAGCCCUGAAGUUUCCUCUUCGGGUGCUCUCUUUGGCUUGAUCGGUGCAUCAUUUUCAGGGCUUAUUCGAGACUGGAAAUCAUACAACCAGAAGUUUCUAGCUGUCGUGAUUUUGCUCCUCAUAUUUGCAAUCAAUUUCACUCUCGGGAUGGUGCCCUAUAUCGACAACUUCUCAAACAUCGCAGGAUUUAUAUCAGGAACUCUUCUUGGCUUUGUAAUGUUUUUCUCUCCGGUACUUAGAAUGCCCGCUUUACAGAAAGGUUUUUAUGAUUACGGCUUUAACAAGUCUGUGCCACUGAAACAGAAGUUUGACAGACCUGUUCUACGCAUUGUUUCGUUGAUUCUAUUCAACCUCAUGGUCGCUGGCCUCAUCGUAGCAGUUCUUCUUCGUAUAGAUCUUAACAAAAACUGCAGCUGGUGUCGGUAUAUUGAUUGUAUACCUUCUCGAAAGUGGAUUUGCGAUGUCAAAACUCCAUCAUGUAAGAUCAGUGAAAUCAGGGGACAGACUACAUUAAGGUGCUUGGAAAGUGACAACUUCAGGAUCCUGCCUUACACAAACGUCUCGCCUACAAGAUUGCAAGAAUUGUGUACUUUGAUUUGCUCUUAGUUCAUCCUUCAAGGGGCAUUCAUUCUGCCGAUUGUUCUAGUAGCCUGUAUUUUUAAUCUAGAUUGUUCUACAUGUAUGGGUUAUAGACUGUAUUUCAAUGUAACACCUUAACUUGAGAUCCACAUUGCCCUGAUACCAUAUCAGCACUAACAUUGCUGCAAUCAUCAUACCUAUUAUAGCCCGCUCAUUGAAGCUAUGAUCAGGAUCUGUAGAAGGGUGGAGGAUAGUAGACGAUGUUAUCAAAGGAGAUCUCUAAAGGUCUUAGGUCUUCACUCCAAGUGAACAUUGACAAUAUAAUCUCUUUCAAUGAAAAGUUUGAAUUCCUUGUUCUUUUUGUUUUAGAGAAUGUAAUAGGGUUGCCUAUAGAUAGUAAGUGGGCUUUCUUCU